GGGCGGUAAUGCGCUCGGAGCUGUGCGUCCCCGCCCGUCGGCGCUGCCAUUUACUUUCGCUACAAGCAAACCCCCGUUUCACCUCGCCUCCAUGCUCUAAAAUCUUGCAUUCGUUCCAAGGCAACAGAAUAGCGUGGCGGACGGCGAUUAGUCGCAAGUUUAAAAGACAAUGGAGGUGCAAAUUGAACAGCAGGAUGAAGAUCUCACAUUUGGCACCACGGAUACCAAUGGCAAGCGUCCAGCAGAGGACAUGGAUGAAGAGCACGCCUUCAAGCGCUCGCGCAACGCCGACGAGAUGUUAGAGCUGCGUGUGCUGCUCCAGAGCAAAAACGCCGGCGCCGUUAUCGGAAAGGGUGGCAAGAACAUAAAAGCGCUUCGCACCGAUUACAAUGCCAGUGUAUCAGUCCCAGACAGCAGUGGCCCAGAGCGGAUCCUGAGCGUCAGCGCCAACAUCGACACCAUCGGAGACAUUCUGCUGAAGAUCAUACCCACCUUAGAGGAGUACCAGCAUUACAGCGGCAUCGACUUUGACUGCGAGCUCCGCCUGUUGAUCCAUCAGAGCUUGGCGGGCGGCAUCAUCGGCGUGAAAGGCAGCAAGAUUAAGGAGCUCCGAGAGAAUACCCUGACGACCAUCAAGCUGUUCCAAGACUGUUGUCCGCAUUCUACCGACAGAGUUGUCUCUGUGGGCGGGAAGCCGGAGCGAGUCGUCGAAUGCAUCAAAGUCAUCCUUGAGCUGGUCGCUGAGGCGCCAAUCAAAGGCCGUUCCCAGCCUUACGACCCCAACUUCUAUGACGAAACGUACGACUACGGCGGCUUCACCGUCAUGUUUGAGGAGCGUGGGCGGCGGCCCGGCGGCAGCUUCCCUGUCCGGGUGCGAGGAGGCUUCGACCGCCUGCCACCCGCACGCAGCAGCCGCCCGCCACUUCCCUCUCGCCGGGAUUACGACGACCUGAGCCCCCGCCGUGGCCCGCCACCGCCGCUGAGCCGGGGACGCGUGGGCAGCCGUGCGCGCAACCUGCCGCUCCCACCGCCGCUGCCGCGAGGAAGUGAUAGAUUCUCCCACGGCAGUUAUCAUGACGACAGACCAAGUGACCGAAGAAGUCGCGGAGGAGAGCGCUACGACAGCAUGAGUGGAGGCGGCUAUGACAACAAUUCCUGGGAUCACUUUCAUUCUGGUGGCAGAGGCUCGUAUAGCGACAUCGGAGGGCCCGUCAUCACAACACAGGUCACCAUCCCCAAAGACCUCGCUGGCUCCAUCAUUGGCAAGGGAGGUCAAAGGAUCAAGCAGAUCCGCCAUGAGUCCGGGGCGUCCAUCAAGAUUGACGAGCCCCUUGAGGGCUCGGAGGACCGCAUUAUUACCAUCAUUGGAACGCAAGACCAGAUCCAGAACGCCCAGUACCUACUGCAGAACAGCGUGAAGCAGUAUUCCGGUCGAUUCUUCUAAAACGGAGACGAGCGAAGCCAUGCCCUUUGUGUACUGUUUGCUCCAGUGCCGACAUUCCUCUGUCGUGGAUGGAUCAAAUUCUAUCGUAUCCAAAAAAGCUACUGGAACCCCCCGCCCCCCCCACACACAAAAAAAAACAAUCCCAAAUGUAUUUCUGUGCCAGUGUUGAUUAUUUUCAAGGACAUGAUGUCAUUAAAUAAUUUUUGGUGUUUGGAUUGCCGUGGAGCAUGCAGGUUUUUUGUUGUUUGUUUUUAAAUGAAGUUUCACACGCUCAUAUUUUCUGUCCAACGGAAUGAACAGCAUUUAGCUUAGCAUCAUUGACAGAGCUGCCGAGCAUCUUCUAUUUGUUGCCAACUUCAAAGCUGAAAUGGUGAACUGUGAAUGUUUUCUUCAGAGGCUUGCAGUUGUCCGUGUCUUCAGCUCACAGUUUAAUGUACACGUCUUAACAUAACACUAAAAAGAUGUCACACAAUUGCUUUGAAGUUUGAUGAAUGUUUGAUACUUUUAAAGAGAUUUCUACAUUUCUUCUUUUCAAAGAAGGCGAGACGCUGUAUAAAUUGUGUAUAUAAUAUCUGUUUUUUCCUCUCUCGCCAAAUGAAUGCUUUGAUAUGUCGUUCUUUUGUUUAUUUUUAAGUGUUCAUUGUGGUUUUGCAUUAUUCAUUUUGGUGGUUUAUAGCCAUUUGUAAAUCAUUCAGAAUUGUCACGCUUUCUGUGUAUCUGUGAUUGGUAUCUCGCAGGUAAUUGCCAAAUAAAGUUGUUUUUUUUCCA